CCCCUGUAUCUGUCUGUUCCCCAUACUCCAUUGUCUUUGAGUUACUAUCUGGGUACUGAAAAACCUGUCCAUCUUCCUCUUCCAAAUUCUCAAUCGUAGGUGUCUUUAUACUAGAAUCGUCACUAUCUGAAGAGUCAUAGUUCACCAAAUUGCAGACUCUUUCUAGUUUCAGGGCCUCACUGCUACCUGUACCACUGCAUGCUUCAUGAGGGACGACACUGGAGCAAGACUCCGACGAGGUUGUAACUGCUUCCUCUUGCUGGACACUGUCUGGACGGAUAUUACUAUCAUGUUUCGUCGUUCUUUGACUAGCACCACCCGAAAUUUGUUCUGGUGAGGUUUCACUUCUACUUCUUCCGGUGCAGCUCUCAGGAUUGCUGAAUCCAGUUAGGGAACUGACCACGUCGUCGCCUUCCCCGUUACUGUCGCUCUCACCCCCAACUUCGGUCUGUUGCCCCACCGCAGGCACUUGAUCGUCACACACCGAUUCGGCACAAAGCCCGCCUCUCUCUUCAACUUCACCACUUGUUACUUCCUCCAUACUUUAUGUAGUAGGCUAGCCACUACACCACUGCUGUAACUACCGUCCGUCCGCCUCUCGCUCUAUACUCUCUGCGCGGUUGUUUGAAAUAACUUCGUUAAUUUAGAGACGUCCUUUACCUGAAAAGACCGGAAAUGGUGAAGGGUGUGCGAGCUGACGGGCGCAGAGACAGGAGGCCCCUCUUUUGGAAGAUUGGGUGAGCAUGCUGCUGAAGGAGUACAGGAUAUGUAUGCCAUUCUCCGUGGAAGAGUAUCGGAUAGGUCAGCUCUACAUGAUUGCACGACAUAGUGCAGAGGAGAGCAAAGGUGAAGGGGAUGGUGUUGAGGUGGUUGUGAACGAGCCUUGCCAGGACGAGCAGCAUGGAGAUGGACGGUAUACAGAGAAGAGAAUAUAUCUCACUAGCCGCCUCCCAGGUUGGGUGCAAAGCAUGAUACCGCGUGUGUUCUACAUAACAGAGAAGGCAUGGAACUACUAUCCUGUCACAAUCACAGAACAUCUAGUGCUCAUUCCUACCCAAGUUCCUGAUUCAAAUAGACUCCACCUAUAUCAAUGACAACGGAAAGACUCAUAAUGCCCUCAAUUACAGUGAUGAGAUGCUGAGUCAGCGUGACGUGGUAGCAGUGGACAUUGCUACUGAGGACCCAUCAAACAGUGAAUACAAGCCAGAGCAGGUCAGGUUUAGACCAAGCACCAGGCAAGGAUCUUAGCCCAUGUGUUGAUUAUUGUAUCUAUGUAUACAGGACUGCACAAAGUUCAAGUCUAGUAAGACUGGGAGAGGACCUCUUGAUGAAGGGUGGAAGGUGUGUUAUGUUUAUGUAUAUAAAAGUUUGUUUCCAGAAGAUUUUAACAUGUAAUAUCUAGCGUAGGUAGCCAUACAUUUCUUUUCCGACUCUAACCUGUAACCUCAAUUAGUAGAAACCAUUUUUCAUCCUCUUCCUUGUGCAUUUACCAUGUACAUGGCUUAAUUGGAAAGUUUGUCUCUCCUACAAAUAUAAAGACUGCUACACUUAUGCAUUAUGGUGCUCCACCCAGAAGCAGAAGGAACGUUUAGUAGCAGAGCUUGGUUCCAUUCAUGUAUGUUGUACAUACCUGAACUUGAGCCGUGGCUCAGGCAUACAGAUACACAACAAUUGGUGAACGUGGUUAUUGGGUGUUCUGUGAUGUGAUUUGUAGAGUGAAGAAAGUUUUAUGGGUAGCUAGUUGUGUAUGUUGCUGCGAAGGCUCAGCUCUAACCUCUAACCAUACAGUAAAAAGUACAAUGAGUGUUGUAUAUACUACGGGUGGUUGCCACAUGUUGGAAAUAAUUAUUGAACGGUCUUGUGUGGGCAGACCGGCUAUCCUGGAAGACACAGCUACUCGAUGGGUGCCAGUUUAACCAAGGGAUGCACGACAGCCCGAGAGUCACUGCAAUCUUGCUACAAACUAGUAGGACG